AUGGUAAUUUUUCCGAUCAGAUGAUAUGAGAAAAGCAAGAUGGUCGUCAAUACAGUGAAGUUUCAGGUGCAAUAAACUAAGCCUGUUAUGGAAGACUUCGACCUAAAACUGUGUUUUUCGACGACAUUUAGUAUGACGGUAGUGAAAUCGGAUUUAAAGUAACUGAAGGAAGACCCUACAUGGAUGUUCUUGGAGAAAGUGAAGCGAUUCAGCAAAUUUUUAAUCAAGGAAUUGAUUUCGAUCAUCUUGAAAAUCUACUAGCAGAACCAGAUGCAAGCUUAUUACUGUCGGAUUUAAACAACGAUGGGUCGCUCAAGGCCCCCUCCCUGGUUGGGGGAGGGGGCAGUAGCGUCGGUGGCCAGAAGGUGAUCUUCAACAACAGAUCGCAGCCGGAGCAGAUAGGUGGCUUGAUGAACUUUGACAAUCUUGGAUUUGCGGAUGAGGAAAAUAUUCUCGGCUCUGGACUCUCUGUUCCCAUCAGCCACCUGCCAGAUUCGCCACCGGACUCCGGCUCAGAACCGUACUCGCCCCCUGACACUAAGCAAGACCCACACCUCGCCUACCAACUAGGCCUCAACCAGGGCGUGGCACAUCAACCAACCAAUCACAACUCAGUCUCAACAGAGCUCCCCCUGCCAAACAGAACCUUGCUCUCGGGCGGCGUCGGUCACCAGCGCCAGCACUCUCUACCGGUAUCCAUCCCCAUGGUGACGAGCAUCCACACCCCUGCUUCCCUAUCCCAGCCCACUGUGGUGCCAGUUGCAUCGGUACCGCAGAGCAACGUACCGGUACCACCAGUAGCAGUGGUGCAGCAGUCGGUGGCACCGUGCAACCUGACUCAGGUACCGAGCUCUGUUGGGAUAUCUUCGGUGUCGGCCAAUGUGCCACCACAGACUGUACCCCAGCAGUUCAUGAACUUUCUUGCAAACUCGAAUGUUGCACCACCAACGAGUCUGUCCCAGGUUCCGAUGACUGAGACCAUCAAUACUGCCCUCACAAGGAAAGAAAGUUUUAUUGGACAUGUGCCGAAGAAGAGGAAACAUUCCCUGUCUCCCAACAACACCGUCAAUCAAAACAUGCUGAAUAAACUUAUGCAAGUCAAGCAGGAACCAGUUGAUGAAAUAUCAUGCCCUCACACAAUAGACGGUGACUACAAUGUAAAUUCAAACAUGGGUGGGGAAUAUGGAAUGUAUGACCAGCCAGCCGGUGAUGGCUUGCCAUACACAGACACUGUAUACCAAUGUUUGAAAUGGCAGCCAUACCAAUCAAACAAAUGGCACAAACUACUGGAUGCCAGCGGACAGGAAAUACCCAUCAUAAACUACAAAGUGGAGGCUGACAAAGGCUUUAAUUUCUCAGUGUCCGACGAUUCCUUUGUUUGUCAAAAGAAGAACCACUUCCAGGUAACUGCUCAUCUCUGUGUUAACGGCAUCCCCCAGAUGGUUCAGACCGAGUCUGGUACCAAGACUAUAGACAGUGUCUGCAUUCACAUCAAUGGGAUCAAGGUGGAAGCGAUGAAUUCUUACAUCAGAGUUGAACAGAGCCAGGCAGAUCGAAGCAAGAAACCGUUUGUACCUGCAAAACUUGAAAUCCAUCCAGAGAACGUUGUCAAGGUCACAAUAGGUCGUCUCCACUUCAGCGAGACCACGUCAAAUAACAUGAGAAAGAAAGGCAAGCCCAAUCCCGACCAGAGGUAUUUCAUGCUAGUAGUCUCGAUCCAGGCUCACUGUGGACAUGAGAAAUAUGUAGUAGCAUCGCAGGUCUCCGAGAGGAUCAUUGUUAGGGCCUCGAAUCCAGGACAGUUUGAGAGCGACGUUGAUGUUAUCUGGCAGAAGGGAUCAAACCAGGACACUAUAUUCCAUUCUGGUAAAGUUGGAAUAAACACGGAGAGACCCGACGAGGCGUUGGUCGUCCAUGGUAACCUGAAGGUCACAGGUCACGUGAUGCAGCCUUCCGAUAAGAGAGCUAAGGAAGACUUCCAAGAGUUGGAUCCUAGAGAACAGCUCCAGAACAUCAACAAGAUGCGUGUGAUGCGCUACAAGUACAUCCCCCAGUUCGCCGAGCAGGCUGGCCUACCCGAGUGCGACCAGGUGGAGACGGGGGUCAUUGCUCAGGAGGUGAUGGACAUCCUUCCGGACGCUGUCAAGAAGACAGGGACAGUCAGCCUACCCAACGGGGCCAAGAUCGAGCACUUCCUGGUGGUCAACAAGGAUAGGAUCUACAUGGAGAACGUGGGAGCGGUCAAGGAGCUGGUCAGACUGACCGAUAACCUGGAGACGAGGAUUGAUGAACUGGAGAAGAUGAAUCAGAAGCUGGCUAAGCUGAAGAGGGUGGAUAGUCUGAAGUCGAACACCAGUGUGGGCACGCUGAGCCGGGACGGCAGCAAGAAGUCGGCCGGGGGUAAGGACAAGUCCCGUCACAACCGGAAUGGGAGCGUCAACAGUAAAAAGGGCAAAGGUCAAUCUGACAUCACUCCCUGUCUCUCUCCGCGUUCCAUGCAGCUUCUCAUAGUAGCCCUCAUUCUUAUCAUGCUCUUCUGUUUUGCUGCCAUUGCCACCCUCUACAUUCUGGAGACGAACGAUGAUGCAGUCAGCAUGUUAUCUUCUGCUCCAUCAAUGACCAACAUGACCACCCUAGGUCCCAAGACGUCCACAUUCCGCACCACUACACCCCAGACACGGAAAGAACCUACUCCUGUUCCAGUGUAUUGCUGCAUCGCUGUGACCGAUAUGACUUCCAUUCUACCCCCUCUCAUAGCAAAUAUAGCAGCUCUCAACUCAACAUUUCAUCCACAGGCUUCGCCCAUCCUACCCCCUCAGGGUGUACCCCUCAGCACCACCACCACUGUCCCGCCUGGGACCAACAGAGAACCCGCACCCCCUGCGGUGGACGUACCAGACACCAUGCCUCAGAACGGAAGCUCCGGGGGGAUAGGCUCCGUCAACAUGCAGAGUAGGAAGAAAAGGUCGACGCUACGUCGGAAGAAGAGGAUGACGAGCAUGGGAGUUGAGGUGAAUUUCAUCCAAGUUGACAGAGAAAAGACAAUCUGCCCAGAACACUGUACGUCAGAGACAAACUGUGGAGAAAGCUGCAUUUCUACUGCAGAUGGGAACUUCACCUAUGAAAUAGCUGUACCAGCCCAUUUGCCAGUAAGGUUCCUGGAGCUGUAUUUGAAUACAAGUGAAGAAUCUGUGAUGGUCCUCUGCUCCUGGACCGGUUCUUCUCUCUGCUCAGAGCCGAUUGAAUCUUUGGAAACUUCACAGCCAUUCAAACACACAAUGGGUUUUGCUCACAUGUGGCAGCUACCCGUUGGUGCCUAUCAGAACAGUGCCUAUGUGUUUAGGAUCAUGCCUGCUACAGAUCAGGAUCACAACACAGUCUGCAGACUGGAGAAUGAAUACGUUGGAGAUGAUUACCUUGAAUACCGGUUCCAUUUCACACGGGAUCUGUCCCUGUGCCCUUCGUAGAUCGGCUCGACAACAUCAGCUUCAGUUAACCCUUUGGGCGAUUCCAUGCUAGAAAAAUCAGCCAUUUUCACAACAUUUUUCAACCUGCUGUCCGAACGAAUGAAGAACUUCAAUUUGCUUUGUGGUAAUGUCAAAGUACUACUGGGUAGACAUGCAAAAAACUGACAACCAACAAAAAUAAUGUUGUCAAUAGGUGAAUUAGAGCUAAAAUGUUGCAUGUCGUACGGGACAUUUCUGCUUCCUGCACGACACACAACAUUUUCACCUAUAAUUUUCCCAUAAUCAUUUUCUUGUGUUUGAUAUUAGUUUUUCACAUGACUACCCACAAUAGCUUUAUCAUUGACAAAAAAGAAUAUUUUAUUGCCCAGGCAUCCGGCUAGGAAACUAGAAA